AUGUAUUCUCAUGUUUCGAAAAAUGACAAUACGGAACAAUUAAACGCAUCGAAAAUUAAUCCAUGCUACAAUAAUUGGAGAAUGUUAAAUAAUUGCGGCGAAGAUGAGAAACGGAAAACGAAGCUAACACCUCAGAGAUACGAGGAAUUUCCAUUAUCACACUCCGCUAUCAACGAAUAUGACUUAGAAUUUCACAGUUUAUCAAAUUCAAAAUUAGAAUCAACGAAUAGACAUACUGUUAACAGCAACAAUCAGCCAUCAUCAGAGACAUUCAGGAAAAGAGGAACGAGAAAUAGCAUAGCUAUCUAUUUGGUGGUAUUUUUUAAUCAAAUGAUUAAUAAAAAACAAUUAGCAAUUGCGAUAAUUAGUUAUGCAUGUGGCGUAUACGCCUUAUACGUUGCAUUUUCUCGUAAUUCAUCCGUUUACGGCUACGAAUCACGUCAUCAAAGUGCGUAUACAAUAAAAACUGUUCUGCUUCUUUAUGGAUUGGUACAGGUUCUUCUUAAUCUAAUUUUCUUCUUCACCUAUGCAACAACAACAAAAAUCGGUGAACGCAAAUGGUGUUGUCAAAUUAUUCGUUUUAUUGGUUGUAUUAUUUAUUUGCUGGUUUCAUUAUUUGUUUUACUAAUUGGAUUAGUUGGAUUCUAUUGGGUUGUAAACUUAUACGGACGUGUGGAAUAUGAAGAUCGACAAUCCGCUGAUUACGUCGAUACGGUGCUGUACAAAUCAUCGCUGUUCACAUUCUGUUUUCAUUUAUGUUUCGUAUUAUUGAAAUGUUGCUGGUGGUAUUAA